AUGGUGUUAAUAACGUUUAUGUUACUCGUGGGUAGAAAGAGCAACGAUAAAUCUAGAAGCUUCUUCAAAGAUAAAAACUUCAAACAACUGAUCAAACGUAAAUCUAGAAGCUUCUUCCAAGAUAAAAACUUGAAACAACUGAUCAAACGUAAAUCUAGAAGCUUCUUCCAAGAUAAAAACUUGAAACAACUGAUCAAACGUAAAUCUAGAAGCUUCUUCAAAGAUAAAAACUUCAAACAACUGAUCAAACGUAAAUCUAGAAGCUUCUUCAAAGAUAAAAACUUCAAACAACUGAUCAAACGUAAAUCUAGAAGCUUCUUCCAAGAUAAAAACUUGAAACAACUGAUCAAACGUAAAUCUAGAAGCUUCUUCAAAGAUAAAAACUUCAAACAACUGAUCAAACGUAAAUCUAGAAGCUUCUUCAAAGAUAAAAACUUCAAACAACUGAUCAAACGUAAAUCUAGAAGCUUCUUCAAAGAUAAAAACUUCAAACAACUGAUCAAACGUAAAUCUAGAAGCUUCUUCCAAGAUAAAAACUUGAAACAACUGAUCAAACGUAAAUCUAGAAGCUUCUUCAAAGAUAAAAACUUGAAACAACUGAUCAAACGUAAAUCUAGAAGCUUCUUCCAAGAUAAAAACUUGAAACAACUGAUCAAACGUAAAUCUAGAAGCUUCUUCCAAGAUAAAAACUUGAAACAACUGAUCAAACGUAAAUCUAGAAGCUUCUUCCAAGAUAAAAACUUCAAACAACUGAUCAAACGUAAAUCUAGAAGCUUCUUCCAAGAUAAAAACUUCAAACAACUGAUCAAACGUAAAUCUAGAAGUUUCUUCCAAGAUAAAAACUUCAAACAACUGAUCAAACGUAAAUCUAGAAGCUUCUUCCAAGAUAAAAACUUCAAACAACUGAUCAAACGUAAAUCUAGAAGCUUCUUCCAAGAUAAAAACUUCAAACAACUGAUCAAACGUAAAUCUAGAAGCUUCUUCCAAGAUAAAAACUUCAAACAACUGAUCAAACGUAAAUCUAGAAGCUUCUUCCAAGAUAAAAACUUCAAACAACUGAUCAAACGUAAAUCUAGAAGCUUCUUCCAAGAUAAAAACUUCAAACAACUGAUCAAACGUAAAUCUAGAAGCUUCUUCCAAGAUAAAAACUUCAAACAACUGAUCAAACGUAAAUCUAGAAGCUUCUUCCAAGAUAAAAACUUCAAACAACUGAUCAAACGUAAAUCUAGAAGUUUCUUCCAAGAUAAAAACUUGAAACAACUGAUCAAACAUGUCCAUCAGUUACAAGAUGUUCAUCAGUUACAAGAUGUCCAUCAUUUACAAGAUGUCCAUCAGUUACAAGAUGUCCAUCAGUUACAAGAUGUCCAUCAGUUACAAGAUGUCCAUCAGUUACAAGAUGUCCAUCAGUUACAAGAUGUCCAUCAGUUACAAGAUGUCCAUCAGUUACAAGAUGUCCAUCAGUUACAAGAUGUCCAUCAGUUACAAGAUGUCCAUCAAUUACAAGAUGUUCAUCAGUUACAAGAUGUCCAUCAUUUACAAGAUGUCCAUCAUUUACAAGAUGUCCAUCAGUUACAAGAUGUCCAUCAGUUACAAGAUGUCCAUCAGUUACAAGAUGUCCAUCAGUUACAAGAUGUCCAUCAGUUACAAGAUGUCCAUCAGUUACAAGAUGUUCAUCAGUUACAAGAUGUCCAUCAGUUACAAGAUGUCCAUCAGUUACAAGAUGUCCAUCAGUUACAAGAUGUCCAUCAGUUACAAGAUGUCCAUCAGUUACAAGAUGUCCAUCAGUUACAAGAUGUCCAUCAGUUACAAGAUGUAUUAAACAGCCAAAUGAACAAAUUAGAAAACGAUUCACAUCAAAGCUACAAAAUAAUUUCCUUUCAUUUUUUCUUGUCCUGUAUCGUUUCUUUGUUCUGGAUGGCAGAAUUUACUAUGCAUUGUUACAGUUCAUAUUCCCUCAUGAUUGCAUUUGUAAUUGCAUCAAUCAUGAGAAUCGAUACCCCUGUUUCAUCCAUCUCGGUGUAUUUGAAGUGA